AUGGGCGUCACGGUCGAGACCUCGUCCCCCGGCGACGGCGUCACCUUCCCGCAGAAGGGCGACAAGAUGAAGAUGCACUACACGGGCACGCUCAAGGCCGACGGCUCCAAGUUCGACAGCUCGCGGGACCGCGGCAAGGCCUUCGAGUUCACGAUCGGCGUCGGCCAGGUCAUCAAGGGCUGGGACGAGGGCGUGGCGAAGAUGAGCCUCGGCGAGCGCGCGACGCUCCAGAUCACGGCGGACUACGGCUACGGCGCCGCGGGCCACCCGCCCGUCAUCCCCGAGAACGCGGACUUGGUCUUCGACGUCGAGGUCCUCGCGAUCAAC